AUGGAGACAAUCGAGAGCUCAUCGGUGCUCUUUGGUGCGACUCCUCUACUUGCGCAGGUUUCUAAGGCUGAAUCGGUCCAACGGUUCUCACCAAAUCCGACUUUUGAGUCCUCUGCGGUAUUCUCUGGCAAGCGGCUCAGCACCUCGAGCCCUGACUCAAGCCUGCUGACAUCUGCUUCCAGUCAGAAAAAAGCUCGCCUUGACAAAGACCUAUCUCCGCCUCCUUCUACUCAAAAUUCACCGAACAGGUACUCCGACCUGCCUACAAGUAACACAGCGUGCUCACAGAGUCCCACAUAUGAAGUUACCUAUUCGCCCUCCAGUGUCGCCAGGGGGACAUCGCUAAGUGAUUUUCCAAAAAUGUCAGGACCUCUUCCGUACACGUCCGAUUUCAGUCGAAUAUUAUUCUCGAAUAUUCUCGCUGCUCUCACUUCCGGCGGAAUGUUGGGCACUAGUUCAUUCGCCUUUCCCUCUCUAUCGCAGCCAACUUCCGACUACCAGGUGCCGCCAAUUCCCCCAGACGGGAUGCCUCCGCCAGUAACUAAAAAUGGCUGGAAUUCAGACGUUACCAGUGCUAUCAACAAGUCUGACCGGAGCUCAAAGAAGACAUCACACGCUAUUCGCGACAUUCUUGGAGAUUCUUCCCCUAGGAGCGUUGAGGAGGGGGAAGAUGAUGAACCUGCUGUAAAAGGCAAACGGAGAUACAGGUCCCACUCAUCUCCAUCUACUCAGCCCCCUCUGGAGCACUCAGUGCCGACAAACUAUCCGAAGACGGAAGCUGAUGGUAACGCGGAACCAAAGAGUCAAACAACGACGCCAACACAACAUGAAACAGUCAAAAAGACCGGAUUGCAUUACUCAGAACUUGAACGUAGCCAACUAUUCCGUGGUGUUGCAGCUCCGGCAAAGAAUUUCCUUGAUAUUGAUGCACUUCAGUUCUUCACUUCCUUGCGUCAACAGUGGCAGAGAGAGACAGUUUUAGAGUCGAUGAAAAUGGCCGCCUCUGCUGCCACCACGGUGGAUCUCAAGCAGCCUCCUCUUCUCUGGCCGCCUGCCCUUCCAAUGACGGAUCUGGAAAUGGACACCGUCUUCCAGACAGGGGAACAGACCGGACGGCACAACUAUGUGAAUACUAGUCCCCCUUUAGGAAUGCAGUUCCCUAUAUGCCAAAACGACAUCGAUACAGCCUCCACCAAAACCGCCUUUACGGCAAAAUCCCAUCCGGACACGGGCAGGACUGCAAACCCAUCACCUAUGACAGCAUGCCUUCCGCAGAAGAGCCAUCUUCAUCAGAGCGCCAGUUCCCCAAUUUCAACCUUUCCAAGCCUCUGUGUGAAUUCAGGCUUUUCGUGGAUGAGGCAUACAGGUACGUUUGUGUUUGCCUUAAAUUAA